CCCCCACUCAGAACCCCCGCCGUCGGCCAAGCAACCGUUCCCGACUGCCCAAAAUGGCCACCCCGCGGGACACCUGUGGCCACGUGACCCGCCGCCCUCUCGGGUCGGGGCCUCUCUCCUCCGCCUAACUCCGGCUUCGGGAAGGCCGCCCUCGCCCCCCGGGGAAAAAAAGCCAGAAGAGAGCUCAUUCGAUCGACCGGAGGACUCCCACAGCUCGGGACACACCUCGGGGGGGCUGGGGGGGGAGAGAAAGGCGGGGGCGCCGGCGAGGACGGAAGGGCCCGGAAAAAAAAAGAGAAAAAAAGAAAAAAAGACACCCACCCCCCCCCAAAAAAAACCCGAAACCAAAAAAUCAACCAUCGCAGAGGCCGCCGCCGAGAGGUGAGCCGCCCAGAGGCCUACACGCACUUCCAAGGCCUCACGGCUAAGAGGGCGGCGGAGUUCUCGCGAGAUCUUGAGACGGACUUCCAAAAGGUCCGCCCGCCGGCUCGAUCGCCGCCGGCGUCGAGGGGGACGAGCCCAACGUUCCGGCCUUCUGGGGCUGCCGCCGCCGCUGCUGCCGCCGCCGCCGCCGCUGCCACCGCCGUGUCCACCUGACUCCAUUAUGAACUCAACCGAGUGAGUGCCGCCCCGCCGCUGUACGUCCGACCCGGGGAGGAGGAGGAGGAGGAGGAGGAGGAGGCCGGUCCCGGCCCCGGCCCGGGGGCCCUUGGGACCGCAUCGCGGGCGGGAGGGCGGGCGGGCGAUGGCGCGCCGGGCCUGACCGGGAAGUCUCGCGAGAUUCGCCCAUCGGGCGCGCCGCGGCGGGGCGGGAGGCAGGCCAGAAGCCAUAGCGUGAGCCGGAGAGAGGCCACCGCGAAGAGACGGACGGACGGACGGGCGGGCAGGCGCCGGCAGCGGCAGCAGCGCAGCGGGCUUUGGGGGCGCCCAUCGGGGCGGAGGUUAGACACACCCCGGAGCCCUCCUUCCCCUCCAGUUCAGGGAUGAGUCAUGUGGCGGAGGAAGACGAGCUCGGGCUGGACCAGCAGUUGGCUGGCCUAGACCUGACGUCGGCGGACAGGGACAGCCAGGGCGGCGGCGGCGGCGGCGGCGGUGGUGGCAGUGGCGGCGGUGGCGGCGGCGGCGGCGGGGUUGGCGCGGCCAGCAGCAAGGGACGCUACAUCCCGCCGCACCUGCGCAACCGGGAGGCGGCGAAGGCGGCUGCGGCGGCGGCGGCGGCGUCGGGGGGCGCGGCGGCGGCGGCCUACGACAAGGACGGCCCCCGGUGGAGUAAAGACAAGGAUGCCUACAGCAGCUUCGGCUCCCGCAGCAGCAGCGACGCGAGGGCCAAGUCGUCGGGCUUCUUCAGCGACCGCGGGGGCGGGCCCCGGGGAAGGUUCGACGACCGCGGCCCGCGGAGUGACUACGAGGGCGUGGGCGGCGGCGGCGGCGGUGGCGGCGGCCUGGGCGGCGGUGGCGGCCGAGCAGGAGGAGGAGGAGGAGGAGGGAGGAGCGGCUUCGGCAAGUUCGAGCGCGGCGGGAACAGCCGCUGGUGCGACAAGGCCGACGAGGACGACUGGUCGAAGCCGCUGCCGCCCAGCGAGCGCCUGGAGCAGGAGCUCUUCUCGGGCGGCAACACGGGCAUCAACUUCGAGAAGUACGACGACAUCCCCGUCGAGGCGACAGGGAGCAACUGCCCGCCGCACAUCGAGAGCUUCAGCGACGUCGAGAUGGGGGAGAUCAUCAUGGGGAACAUCGAGCUCACCCGCUACACCCGCCCGACCCCGGUGCAGAAGCACGCGAUCCCCAUCAUCAAGGAGAAGAGGGACCUGAUGGCCUGCGCCCAGACGGGGUCCGGGAAGACAGCGGCUUUCCUCCUGCCGAUCCUGAGCCAGAUCUACGCGGACGGCCCCGGGGAGGCCCUGAGGGCCAUGAAGGAGAAUGGGAAGUAUGGGCGGCGCAAACAGUACCCGAUCUCCUUGGUCUUGGCCCCGACCAGGGAAUUGGCGGUGCAGAUCUACGAGGAGGCCAGGAAGUUCUCCUACCGGUCCCGAGUCCGCCCUUGCGUGGUCUAUGGUGGCGCUGAUAUUGGGCAGCAGAUUCGAGACUUGGAACGCGGCUGCCACUUGCUAGUGGCCACUCCGGGACGGCUAGUAGAUAUGAUGGAGAGAGGGAAGAUCGGACUGGACUUUUGCAAAUACUUGGUGUUGGAUGAAGCGGAUCGGAUGUUGGACAUGGGCUUUGAGCCUCAGAUACGAAGAAUAGUUGAGCAGGACACCAUGCCUCCAAAAGGCGUCCGCCACACUAUGAUGUUUAGUGCUACUUUCCCUAAGGAGAUACAGAUGCUGGCUCGGGAUUUCUUGGAUGAGUAUAUCUUUCUGGCCGUAGGAAGAGUUGGGUCUACUUCUGAGAACAUCACACAGAAAGUCGUGUGGGUGGAAGAAGCAGACAAGCGCUCAUUUCUGCUUGACCUCCUGAAUGCGACAGGCAAGGAUUCCCUGAUACUGGUGUUCGUGGAGACCAAAAAGGGUGCAGAUUCUCUGGAGGAUUUCUUAUACCAUGAGGGGUAUGCCUGUACCAGUAUCCAUGGAGACCGGUCUCAGCGAGACAGGGAGGAGGCCCUUCACCAAUUCCGAUCAGGAAAGAGUCCGAUUCUCGUGGCUACAGCAGUAGCGGCAAGAGGACUGGAUAUUUCCAAUGUGAAACAUGUCAUCAAUUUCGACUUGCCUAGUGACAUCGAAGAAUACGUACAUCGCAUUGGCCGUACAGGUCGUGUCGGAAACCUUGGCCUUGCCACCUCAUUCUUCAAUGAGAGGAACAUAAAUAUUACCAAAGAUUUAUUGGAUCUUCUUGUUGAAGCGAAACAAGAAGUGCCGUCUUGGCUAGAAAACAUGGCUUUUGAACACCAUUACAAGGGUGGCAGUCGUGGACGGUCUAAGAGCAGAUUUAGUGGAGGAUUUGGUGCUAGAGACUAUCGACAAAGUAGCGGUGCCAGCAGUUCCAGCUUCAGCAGUGGCCGUGCUAGCAACAGUCGCAGUGGUGGAGGCAGCCAUGGCGGCAGCAGAGGGUUUGGUGGAGGUAGUUAUGGAGGCUUUUACAACAGUGAUGGAUAUGGAGGAAAUUAUAGCUCCCAAGGGGUUGACUGGUGGGGUAACUGAGCCUGCUUUGCUAUAGGUCACUCUACCAAAGAAAUACAGAAACCACCGCACGUAA